ACUAUUUUUCACAGAUAACAACCACAUGACUCGAUAAUUGGCGGUAAAAAAGAAUCAAGAUGGUGGACACACAGCACUUUUGCCUGCGGUGGAACAACUACCAGAGCAGCAUCACCAGCGCGUUCGAGAACCUUCGAGAUGAUGAAGAUUUUGUGGAUGUGACCCUCGCCUGCGAUGGGAAGAGUUUGAAGGCGCACAGAGUCGUUUUAUCAGCGUGCAGCCCGUAUUUUCGAGAAUUGUUAAAGUCAACGCCAUGCAAGCACCCAGUGAUCGUGCUCCAAGACGUGGCGUUCCCGGACCUUCACGCGCUCGUUGAGUUCAUCUACCACGGCGAGGUGAACGUCCACCAGCGGAGCCUCUCAUCCUUUCUGAAGACCGCUGAGGUGCUCCGCGUAUCGGGGCUCACCCAGAACGAUGACGCUCAGGGGCCUCUCGUGCAGAGCAUCGCUCGCGCAGCGGCCGCAGCGGCGUCAUCCCCCCACACACCGCCUCACCCCGCGCACACCCCCCACACCCCCCAUACCCCGCACACACCCAGCUACACCGAGAAACUCGAGGAAGCACUGUUGCACCCUCCACCCAUCAUGCGUCGCAUCCCCCUCCCGCCUCGCCGCAUGUCACGCUCAGCUGACAACUCACCCGACGUCAUCAAGCGAGCCCGUCACGACAACAACAACGAGCAGCCUCAGAUACACGAUUUCUCAACAAAGAGCCACUCGAUGGUGAACAACACUCGAGCUCAUGAGCAGGGGAACAACGGGAACGGGAUAUCGAACUCGAGCUCGUCCCCUUCCCCGAGGCUGAUGGAUGAAGUCAAGAACGAGCCGCUCGACAUGAUCUGCCCCUCGAACCCGGACAUCGAUAGGAGUACGGACGACACACCGCCUCAUUCCCAUCACAGACCACUUGGAGGCGGGCCGCCGUCGCGUGCGAGCUCAGCUGAAGCAGACGACCGCACCCCGCCCCCGCAACUGCCACCCUCGCCGUUCAUAUCGCCCGCAGAGACUAAGCUGUUCGCACCGCAACACAACUACAACUACAGCAUGACGGCCCUCACUGAUCCAUCUGCACUAGCCGGUCUGUCGAGCCCGCUGGCACCGGACGGCAUGGCGAGCACAUCACAAGCCGUACCGCCCCUCCGUAUGCCCCCGCCGACGGCCGGCGGUAUCAACGAGCCGCAAGAGUGUCCCUACUGCCGCAGGACAUUCUCUUGUUACUAUUCCUUGAAACGACACUUCCAAGACAAGCACGAGCAGUCCGACACGCUGUACGUGUGCGAGUUCUGCCACCGGAGGUACCGGACCAAGAACUCGCUGACGACGCACAAGAGCCUGCAGCACCGCGGCUCCAGCGGCAUGCUGAAGCGGCUGCUGAAGACGUCGGCGCUGCACGGCGCGCUGGCGCCCGCGCCGCACCACCUGUUCGACCUGGGCGCCGGCGAGCGCGCGCCGCUGCCGCCCGGCCUGCAAUGACCGGAGCUGGCGGGCUAGUUCGAGUGCGAUGUGCGGACGGUGCGGGGCGGGGCCGGACUCUGCCGCAGCUUCACCGGCUAAGUGUGUAUUAUAAGCGUAGUAAAAUAUUGACGUUAGUUUGUAAACAAUGAACAGUAUUCGCACGCGCCGCGUGGGCGCUCGUCUCGUGGACGAUCGGACGGUGUUCAAUAUGACAAUGUAAUUCAGAGCAAUACUAAAGUAUUAAUGUGUCUAGUACUGCCAAAUCGAUGCCAACUCUAUCCUAGAGAGGAAAGAUUACAUUUUUAAUAUCAAUUUUGCGGAUAAAUGUCUAGUGUCAAAUUAGAUUCGGUAACUGUACAAAAGGAAAACGUACAAAUUUUAAACAGUAAAUUUUAAAAUAUUGAAAGAAAAUAUUUUUUAAAGAGACU